AUGGAAGUAUGCAUCGAUUCAGUUCAGUCAGCUAUAAAUUCUGAAACUGGAGGUGCCUGUCGUGUUGAGCUUUGUGCUAGUUUGGCAGAUGGUGGAACAACCCCAAGUCUUGGGAUGCUGAAAGUGAUUAAGCAGAAUAUCUCCAUUCCUGUCUUUUGCAUGAUACGGCCUCGAGGUGGUGACUUCUGCUACAACGAUCUGGAAUUGGAAGUAAUGAAGGCAGACAUAUUAUGUCUAAAACAAGCAGGAGCUGAUGGAUUUGUCUUUGGGAUCCUAACACAAGAUGGCGACGUUGAUAUGGUCAAGUGUAAACAGUUGUUAGAUCUUAUUCGUCCAUUACCAGCAACCUUUCACAGAGCCAUUGAUAUGAGCAGAGAUAUUCUCCAGUCACUGGCAGCAGUAAAGAAACUGGGUUUUGAAAGGGUGCUCUCCAGUGGUGGUAAGCCUACAGCACUUCAAGGUGUCAAUACACUAAAAGAGAUGGUGAAAUUAGUGAGAAACAAAAAGGUACUGAUACUGUGUGGAGGAAUUCAAAUUGAUAACCUUGAAACAAUUCUACACAGCACUGGUGCUCAAGAAUUUCAUGGUUCAGCCAGAGAGACACUGAACUCAUCUAUGAUCUUCCAAAAACCUGACAUUUCUAUGGGGUCACAACCUGGCUGUGAAUUUAUUUCAAAGGUAACUUCAGUUAGUGUUGUCAAAACACUCAUCUCACUGGCAAACUUAAUAUGGAAUAGAUAA